CACCUCUCUUUUGCUGCCACGAAUCUACUUUCUACUGCUGCCAACACUUCUCUUUAUUGUUACGUAUUCUUUAUAAAAAAAUUCCUUCUUGCAAUACUCUUUUCCCUUUUCUGUAUAUAAACCUUUUCAAUCGUUCUUCUGUCCGGGCCAUCAUGUUCUCGACAACAACCUCUUGUUUGCCACACAUGAUGGCCCAUGCCUCUUCAGCUGAUGUUCCCCACAACAGUGAAGUGUCCACCGCAGACCUGGACAGCGAGGCAUUCGUGACAAUCCCUUCUGCAACCCCCUCUUCUCCCUCACUUUUCUCCACCACAACUGAAAACAUGCAACUCGACAUGCUCACUCAUUUGUUGGAGGCCCAUAAUAACUCCGCAGCUACUACCGACAGGAACUGCGCCACCGAUGACCCUUCAGCCAUCCUUCUUUCAGACCCAAGUGUCAUCGCCAUGGCUUCUCCCUCUUCUGUCUGGACCACAUCCCCUUCUAUCAGCCCUAUGCUCCUUAAGCUCGAGUCCCCAGUGCUCACUAACCCUGACAGUACUCAGAGAUCUGCCAGAAUUAAGACCAAAAGUAAGAGCAAGAGCAAGACCACUGCCACAACAUCAUCCUCGACUUUGACUGCUGUUAAUACCAGCGGAAGGAAGAGAGCAGCGGUCGAUCCUAUUGAAAAGGAAGCCAAGGUUCGCGAGCGUGUACUUCGAAACCGCGCCGCGGCUCAGGAAUCCCGAGAUAAGAAGCGAAAGUAUGUGGCCGACAUUGAAGCCUCGAACGAGUCUCUUCAGCAGGAGAAUGCCCAGUUGUUGAAACGACUCAAGACAGUCGAAAGCAAUAAUUUGGAGCUCUCUCAACGUCUUGAGGCUCUCACGGCGCAGUUUGCACAGAUGCAACAACUCCUAUCACAGUCCAUAAAGCACAACAACCCAUCCGGAGUCGGCUUUUGCCAGUACUGGCAAAGGAGGACAAGAAAUCUCAUUCUAGAGGUACCUUGACCAACUCUCUGCAGCAGAAGCUGGCUCCACAGAAAAACCUUCACAGUACGAUUUCCAAAGUGGGACAACCCAACAAACACGGAAAGGUCUAUUCGAUGACGAUGAUGAACUCGAUGAGCAAGGAGAGAUUUCUGAACAGGGAAGCCCGUUGGUUGAAUCAGAGUGC